UUUGUCGCUUGGCUUCCGCGGCCGUGGAGUGUUUUCGCCGCGUCAUGUGGAUGUGAGGAAGCCGAACUUAGGGGCUCCGAGGCUGGAAGCUGCUCACGGACUCCUCCAGAAACCUGCCCCGGGGGUCCGAGGACUCCCCACCGCUGCACACGCUCUUCCUGCGGCCGUUUAGAGAGGCUCCGGAUGGCGGACGGGGAACGGUCGCCGCUGCUGUCCGAGCAGCACGACGGGACCAACGGCUUCUCUCCCGGGGGAAGCUCCAACGGAUACCUGUCCAAACCGCAGAGUUUGGCACCGUUCCCCAGCUCGGUGGCACCAGGCGAGCCCCCGCCCCCGUACUCGCCCCAGGGCAGCCCGGACAGCAGCAGCGCUCCCAUCAUCAGCUGCCGGGUCUGUCAGACGGCCAUAUCCGUGGAGGGGAAGACGCACCAGCAUGUGGUGAAGUGCAGCAUCUGCAACGAGGCCACGCCGAUAAAGAACGCUCCUGUCGGGAAGAAGUACGUUCGAUGUCCAUGCAACUGUCUGCUGAUCUGCAAAGUCACGUCUCAGAGGAUCGCCUGUCCCAGACCGUACUGUAAACGUAUCAUCAACCUGGGCCCGGUCCACAUCGGCAGAGACAGUCCCGAACCACAGCACCAGCCGGUCGGCAUCAGAGUCAUCUGUGGACACUGCUCCAACACAUUCCUGUGGACCGAGUUUUCCGACCGGACUUUGGCUCGAUGUCCACACUGCAGGAAAGUCUCUUCCAUUGGCCGGCGGUACCCGAAGAGGAGGAGCCUGCUGUGCUUCCUGCUGUUUGUGGCCCUCGCUGCCUCCACAGCAGGACUCCUGGUCGGUACGUGGACGCCGGCCCAGCAGUCCAAAGGGAUCUACAUCUCCUGGGUGCUGCUGAUUCUCCUCGCUGUGUUCACGCUGGCCAGAACCAUCUACUGGAGGUGUCUGAAGAUCAGUGACCCCAUAUCCAACGUCACAUAGAGACAGGGAGGCAAAGAGCCAGGGAAAGGAGGAAGCAAGGAAGGGAGGAAGGAGGAAG